AUGCCGCAGGGAGCUGCAGUGAAGGUGUCAUGUUGGCUGAUCUGCAACGGCUCUGCAGAGAAAACCACAGGGGACAUCACACAAAAGGGUUAUGAGAAGAAGAGAGCAAAGCUCCUGGCUCCAUACGUCCCUCAAACACAAGGGGUUGAUCCAGCUCUACAGAAGGAAUCCAGAACUCAGACGCCCACUCCAUCUGCAGCUCCAGCCCCAGCUCCCUCCUCAUCAUCAUCCAAAUUUCACCGAGCCCGCUCAGGGGGAGCCAGAGAUGAACGCUACCGAUCUGAUAUCCACACGGAAGCAGUUCAAGCAGCACUGGCAAAGCACAAAGAGCAGAAAAUGGCCCUCCCCAUGCCCACAAAAAGGCGAUCUACUUUUGUUCAGUCUCCAGCUGAUGCCUGCACUCCUCCAGACACGUCUUCCGCAUCCGAGGAUGAGGGGUCACUAAGGCGUCAAGCUGCUCUUUCUGCUGCAUUGCAUCAGAGCUUACAGAAUGCUGAGUCUUGGAUCAACCGAUCUAUUCAGGGGUCAUCCACAUCUUCAUCAGCAUCCUCUACACUUUCCCAUGGAGAAGGCAAAGGGACCAGUGGGUCACUAGCUGAUGUAUUUGCCAAUACUCGAAUAGAAAAUUUCUCAGUUCCCCCAGAUGUCACAGCAACUACCUCCUCUUCCUCCACGCGCCCAGCAGCAAUUGACCUUCCUCCUUCAGGGAUCGUGAAGGGCAUGCACAAGGGAUCCAAUCGGUCCAGUCUGAUGGACACUGCCGAUGGUGUUCCUGUGAGUAGCAGAGUCUCCACAAAGAUUCAGCAGUUGUUGAACACCUUGAAAAGGCCUAAGAGGCCACCUCUGAAAGAAUUCUUUGUGGACGACUUUGAAGAAAUUGUGGAAGUUCCACAGCCUGACCCAAAUCAGCCCAAGCCAGAAGGACGCCAGAUGACGCCUGUGAAAGGAGAACCACUCGGAGUUGUUUGUAACUGGCCCCCUGCCUUAGAAGCAGCACUGCAGCGCUGGGGAACCACACAAGCUAAAUGCCCCUGUCUGACAGCACUGGAUGUUACAGGGAAACCAGUUUAUACCCUCACCUACGGCAAAUUGUGGAGCAGAAGUCUCAAGCUGGCCUACACGCUGCUUAACAAACUGGGGACCAAAAAUGAACCUGUGUUAAAACCUGGAGACAGGGUAGCCCUUGUGUAUCCAAACAAUGACCCAGUCAUGUUCAUGGUGGCAUUUUACGGCUGUCUCCUAGCAGAAGUGAUACCAGUGCCUAUAGAGGUACCUCUUACCAGAAAGGAUGCUGGUGGUCAGCAGAUUGGUUUUCUUCUGGGAAGCUGUGGUAUUGCUUUGGCCCUCACCACUGAAGUCUGUCUGAAAGGGCUUCCAAAAACCCAAAAUGGAGAAAUUGUUCAGUUUAAAGGUUGGCCUAGAUUGAAAUGGGUUGUGACAGAUUCAAAAUACCUCUCCAAAUCUCCUAAGGACUGGCAGCCCAACAUCUCAGCUGCAGGAACUGAGCCAGCAUAUAUUGAGUACAAGACCAGCAAAGAGGGCAGUGUUAUGGGUGUCACAGUGUCUCGGAUUGCAAUGCUGUCUCACUGCCAAGCUUUGUCUCAGGCCUGCAACUAUUCUGAAGGUGAAACAAUAGUGAAUGUUUUGGAUUUUAAGAAGGAUGCAGGGUUGUGGCACGGCAUUCUCACGAAUGUAAUGAACAAAUUGCAUACUAUCAGUGUGCCCUAUUCUGUGAUGAAAACCUGCCCACUGUCAUGGGUGCAGAGAGUUCAUACUCACAAAGCAAAAGUUGCUUUAGUCAAGUGUCGAGACUUGCACUGGGCCAUGAUGGCCCAUCGAGACCAAAGAGACGUCAGUUUGAGUUCUCUACGCAUGCUGAUUGUAACUGACGGUGCAAAUCCCUGGUCUGUUUCCUCAUGCGAUGCCUUCCUGAGCUUAUUUCAGAGUCACGGGCUUAAACCAGAGGCAAUUUGUCCAUGUGCCACAUCUCCAGAAGCGAUGACUAUUGCAAUACGGAGGCCUGGGGUUCCUGGGGCACCUCUGCCUGGAAGAGCCAUACUGUCCAUGAAUGGGUUGAGUUUUGGUGUGAUUCGUGUCAACACUGAAGACAAAAACUCUGCACUCACUGUUCAGGAUGUUGGGCACGUGAUGCCAGGAGGAAUGAUGUGUAUAGUGAAACCCGAUGGACCACCUCAGCUGUGUAAAACAGAUGAGAUUGGAGAAAUUUGUGUUAGCUCCAGAGCAGGAGGAAUGAUGUAUUAUGGGCUGGCAGGGCUGACAAAGAAUACGUUUGAGGUUAUUCCUCUGAACUCAGCUGGCUCUCCAGUGGGUGAUGUGCCAUUUGUCCGUUCCGGCUUGCUGGGCUUUGUUGGACCUGGCAGUUUGGUGUUUGUGGUUGGAAAAAUGGAUGGAUUGCUGACAGUCAGUGGGCGGAGACACAAUGCUGAUGACAUUGUUGCAACUGGGUUGGCAGUAGAGUCAAUAAAAACAGUUUACAGAGGAAGGAUUGCUGUAUUCUCAGUAUCUGUCUUCUACGAUGAGAGGAUUGUGGUGGUGGCAGAGCAGAGGCCAGAUGCAUCUGAGGAGGACAGUUUUCAAUGGAUGAGUCGAGUACUGCAGGCAAUUGACAGCAUUCACCAAGUGGGUGUAUAUUGCCUUGCUCUUGUGCCAGCUAAUACAUUGCCAAAAACUCCCCUGGGAGGGAUCCAUAUCUCUCAAACUAAACAGCACUUUCUGGAGGGCUCUCUGCAUCCGUGCAACAUCCUCAUGUGCCCGCACACGUGUGUGACAAACUUGCCAAAACCCAGGCAGAAACAACCAGGUGUUGGCCCUGCCUCUGUGAUGGUGGGGAACCUGGUUGCUGGGAAGCGUAUUGCUCAAGCCUCUGGAAGAGAUCUUGGUCAAAUAGAAGACAAUGAUUUAGUUAAAAAGCACCAGUUCCUGACAGAGGUGUUACAGUGGAGAGCUCACACAACUCCUGACCACGCGCUCUUCCUCUUAUUAAAUGCCAAGGGAACUGCUGUGUGUACAGCCACCUGCCUUCAGUUGCACAAAAAAGCUGAGAGAAUUGCAUCAGUGCUCUGUGACAAAGGACAUCUCAAUGCAGGAGACAAUGUGGUGCUUCUUUAUCCUCCUGGCAUUGAGCUAAUCACCGCGUUCUAUGGCUGUUUGUAUGCUGGCUGCAUCCCUGUGACCGUGAGACCACCUCAUGCUCAGAGCCUCACUGCUACUCUGCCCACUGUGCGAAUGAUCGUGGAAGUCAGCAAAGCUGCCUGUAUUCUCACAACCCAGACCUUAAUGAGACUACUGAAAUCUAGAGAGGCAGCUGCUGCUGUAGAUGUGAAAACCUGGCCGACCAUCAUUGAUACAGAUGACUUGCCCAGGAAGCGGCUCUCUCAGAUCUAUAAACCACCUACAUCUGAAAUGUUAGCAUAUCUAGAUUUUAGUGUUUCCACAACAGGCAUGCUUACAGGAGUGAAGAUGUCCCACGCAGCAGUGAGUGGUCUCUGCAGGGCCAUCAAGCUUCAGUGUGAGCUCUACUCCUCACGGCAGAUUGCAAUUUGUCUUGACCCCUACUGUGGACUGGGGUUUGUGCUCUGGUGCCUUUGCAGUGUGUAUUCUGGACACCAGUCAAUUUUAAUUCCUCCUAUGGAGCUGGAAUCCAAUCUUUCUCUCUGGUUAUCUACUGUCAGCCAGCAUAAAAUAAGGGACACUUUCUGUUCCUACUCAGUCAUGGAACUGUGCACAAAGGGACUUGGAAACCAAGUUGAAACGUUAAAGGCACGAGGAAUUAAUCUGUCCUGUGUCCGGACGUGUGUGGUUGUUGCAGAGGAACGACCACGAGUUUCUCUCACUCAUUCAUUCUCAAAACUCUUCAAAGACAUUGGCCUGUCAUCUCGUGCUGUAAGCACCACCUUUGGAUCGAGAGUCAACGUUGCUAUCUGUUUACAGGGAACCUCUGGGCCUGAUCCCACCACAGUGUAUGUAGACCUGAAAUCCUUGAGACAUGACAGAGUACGUCUGGUGGAAAGAGGAGCUCCACAAAGUCUGCUGCUUUCGGAAUCUGGGAAGAUUUUACCUGGAGUCAAAGUGGUUAUUGUUAAUCCUGAGACAAAAGGACCUCUUGGAGAUUCUCAUCUUGGAGAGAUUUGGGUGAACAGCCCACACACAGCCAGUGGCUACUACACCAUCUACGACAACGAAACCCUUCAAGCUGAUCAUUUCAACACUCGUCUGAGCUUUGGAGAUGCAGCUCAGACACUCUGGGCUCGGACUGGGUACCUUGGUUUUGUGCGUCGGACAGAACUUACAGCUGCCAGUGGAGAGCGCCAUGAUGCACUGUAUGUUGUUGGAGCACUGGAUGAAACUCUGGAACUGAGGGGGCUGCGUUACCACCCAAUUGAUAUCGAGACGUCUGUAUCUCGGACACACAGGAGCAUUGCUGAAUGUGCUGUAUUCACAUGGACCAACUUGCUCGUGGUCGUCGUGGAGCUGUGUGGCUGUGAACAGGAGGCCCUGGAUUUAGUUCCUCUGGUUACAAACGUGGUCCUGGAAGAACAUUAUCUCAUUGUGGGAGUGGUGGUGGUAGUUGAUCCCGGAGUUAUUCCUAUCAAUUCCAGGGGGGAGAAACAACGGAUGCACCUCCGUGACAGUUUCCUAGCUGACCAGUUAGACCCCAUAUAUGUUGCUUAUAACAUGUAG